AUUAAGUCAAAUACUGAAUGCUUGUCACAGGAAGAUGAUGAUUGUGAGGAUGUUAAUUGGAGGCUACUCGAUAUCGAAGAUUUAGACCGUAGGUUUCUCCAGCCUUCUUUCCGAGAUUUCAACAUGUGUGAUUUAGCUCGCCCCGUAGAACCCGCACUUGAUAUCCUUUCUGAGUCCUCUCUCGAGCUGGUCAAAGACACAAUGAAUCAAGGUCUUCAACAAAUGGGACACAAAAGUUUCAGACGAGGACAGGAAUUGGUGGUACUUCGGAUUCUUUCCCACUCCUCAACUUUGGUGGUACUCCCUACAGCUGGUGGCAAGUCUCUGUGUUAUCAACUCCCUGCAUAUGUGUUCCAAAAGCUCAGACCUCCAGCUACCGCUCUGGUUAUUUCUCCUUUGAUUUCAUUAAUGCAGGAUCAAGUACUCACUAUUGAAUCAGGGAUACUUGGUGCUUUCAUCAACUCUAAUCAGUCUAAAGAAGAUAAAGAGAUAAUUCUAAGCGAUGCCAGAACGGGAAAAUAUGCCUUUUUACUUGUCUCACCCGAAGCAAUCGCCGAUAGUGAUUGGCUUCUUCAACCGGGUCGCCUACCGCCCGUCAGCUUUGUAUGCAUUGAUGAGGCUCAUUGUCUUUCGGACUGGUCCCACCAUUUUAGGCCCUCAUAUCUAAGAGUUUGUCAUAUACUCCGAACCCGGCUAGGAAUAACGUGUUUUCUCGGUAGGUUUCUUUUCCAUGCCCCAUUCACUGUUGAUUAUGUGUGUGUGUAA